AUGAGGAAAGGCGCUCUCGCUCUCUUUCUCCUCCUGCUCACCUUUGCUUCCCAUGACGGAUGGUGUUCCGCAGCUGCGAGGAGCGCCAUGGCUGAGGAGGAUGCAGCACAUCAUCAUCUGAGGCCUCAUCACCUUGGUUGGUUCCCUGAGCCCUGUCAUGAAGCUAAAUCUCUUACAAAAGCACUCCUGGAUACGCUGUUUUGCUUUUCAGAAACCCAAGGCAAGAGUCUCCUGGAGAUGCAGAGUCCCAGGAAGGUUGGGCGGGCGACGGGUGGUGCCGGAGCAGGCGGCGGUGGCGGCAGGAACACCGGUGGCGGAGCCACGGACACGAGGCCACACAACGGCAAGAACAUUGCCACGGCGCUGCCAGCUCCAGCGACCUCCGUCCUGGCGCUGGUUUUCACCACCAGCACCAUUCUUCUCUCCGCGCUCAGCUUCUGA